GCUAUGUAUGGCGGAAACACAUGAUUUUGGAUGUGGUACCUGUGCGAAUUUCUCGGAAAUUGAUAUCUAAAGGAUGAAAAGUAUACUGUGCACCACUCGCCACUCUGCAGAGAUCAAUAUUUAUAGGUAAAUGGAAGUCGAGCAUGUAUCCUCCGUGUAUGAUUAUGUUUCUGGUGCUAUAGCUGUUUGUCACAGCCUCAUGAUGGCUGAUACUACCUGAAGCAAAGUUUAGGCUGGUUCCUGAGGCCUUCCGAUGUGCAAGCACGAAGGCCAGGCACUCACUGUCGAAUGGAUUCUUCCACUGAUCAAAAUCCAAUAUGGCGGACUCAAUGGUUCUUUGGGCGUGGUAACUGGACAUCCAUUUGACACAGUCAAGGUUCAACUCCAAAUCAGGCAGGCAAACUUGGAGGUGGUGUCAUUAAGAGAAUGCUAUCAGGCCGUGAAGACUCAGAACUUGGCGAGGGGAUUCUUCCGGGGACUCUCUUGGCCAAUGCUGUCCUAUGGAAUCAUCAACUCAGUGUUCUUUGGCGUAUAUGGAAGUACAAUGAAACUACUGAAUGCAGACAUAUCAGGAAAAACUCCCCCUGACUACACCAAAAUCUGUCUGGCUGGAGGCCUGGGGGGUCUCUGUCAGCUGGUUCCUGCUGUACCAAUAGAUGUAAUCAAGGUGGUUCUACAGUCCCAGAUACCUCACAGAACUACCGAAUCUGGAGGAAAGUAUUAUAAAGGUCCUAUUGAGGGAACAAGAGACAUCCUACGCAGUCGAGGAUUUUUAGGAAUGUACCGUGGACUUCCUACUCAGGCACUACGAGAUGUUCCUGCUUCUAUUGCUUACUUUCUCAUCUACGAAUUUCUGAUCUACCAUGGCGUCAAGUCAUUCCCCAACACCUCGUCAACAUUACAGAACUUUGUCUUUGGGGGUGUGGCAGGCGUUGUGAGUUGGGCUUUGAUCAUGCCAUUUGAUGUAAUGAAGAGCCGGAUUCAGGCAGACAACGAUAGGAAGCUGUAUUCCGGCUUCCUGGAUUGUGUUGUGAAAAGUUACAAGUCAAACGGAAUAAAGAUAUUCUACCGAGGACUAUCCCUGACCAGUUUAAGGGCUUUUCCUGUGAAUGGAAUAACCCUGAUGUCCCAUAUAGAACUAAUGAAGUUGUUUGGAGAGAAGAAACACCAGGCUUAAGCUAUAAAAUUACUAGUUUACUAAUAUGUACACAUAUAUAUUCAAUAUAAUUCCAGCAUAUUUGAUACAAUUAUAAACCUCUUUGAGUGUGAAUAUUAUGCAGUUAUAGGUAUUGACAUUUGAUGAGCAUAGCUAAUCAGUAGAGAGAAAAUUUUCAGUUGUAACCAUAAUACUGAACAUAGGUCCAUGAUUGUUUUAUCAUUUAAGCAUUUCUAAAGAGAGACAUACAUGUAAUGGUACAUACAAUUUACUUUCUCAACAUGGAACUCCAUGUUAAGACUACAGAAUGCUGUAAAAUUGGUGGAGACGUACGCCAUGUAGAGAUAUGGUAAAUUGUCCACAACUAACCAAGAUCAGGCAUUCUCUUGCAAACUUUUUCACUGCCGUAUCGGUACAUUUUCUUUCGUUUAGAGACUCAUAUCUCAGUGGCAGAUUUAGAGGUUGUCGCAGCCGGUGUGCGCCUCCCCCCCCCCUAAAAUUUUAAAAUUUAAGGUAAAUUGCGGUAUCUUGUUUAGGAAAAUGUACUCAACGAUAAAGGAAGCAAUAAUUUUGUUCCACUCCCGGAGAAAUAAAUGACAAAAUCCACUUGGUAUGCAAUUUCGCCUACAUAAAUACCUUUUUCUUGAAUAUGAUUUUUUACAAAUAUUCUGCUAUACAAUGUCAGUUUAUACUUGUGUUUACCCAAAUUACUUAAUAAAGAUAUCGAUAUGUUGAUAGUAUCUUUAUUUGAUAAGCAUAAACAUCCCCGUGAUUAUAUAGUAGAUGUAACGUAAUGGGCAUAAGAAAUUGCGCACUGUUGCAAAAGGCCACCCUAAACCAGAAAUAAAACACUGAAAUUGUUUUACUUGAUUAUGACUGUAUAUAAGUCCAUUUGAGGAAAUAAUUGGUUUAAGGUGGCCCUCUUGUUGAAAAUGGAUAAAAUAUGAAAAAAUCGUUUUCAAAAUUUACCUUGAGAUUUAGCAGCCUGUCAAAUGUUAAACCAUUAAACUCACAUGCCUGGGUGGCCUAGUGGUUUAGGUGCUUGGUAAUCUUACACUUAAACCAUACAUUCCGAGUUCAAGUCCAAUAUUUUCCCAAUCUAUUUUUUUUGGGGUCGUUUUCUGAAGGGGGUGUUUUAAAUGCGAUACAUAUAUUAUAACAAAUAUUAGUCAUUUUCAUCAUAACUUAGAAUAUUUGCAAGUUACAACUUAAAGAAAGGGAAUUUAUUCCGAGAUCAUUGUAGUUCCAUUUGUUUUCACCAACAUGUUCCUGUGUGUACAGGAUUUUCAAACCGUAAUGUGGCUGACGAAAAGCUAAACAAAUACUACAAGAAAAAGGACACAAAUGCACAGCUUGUAAUAAGUAAAAAUAGGUCAAGGGAGGAAAAGAACUGUUAUACAGUUUGACUUUUAAAAAGAAAAUAUAAAGACUCGUGUAGCAACUGUCAUAUAUUUAGGCAAAGCUAAACACUCGAAUUAUCAACCAAAGGCAACUGAACUGAUGACAUCUAUUAAAGGUGCUGCAGUCAUGUCAGAACAGUGAGUUAAGUAAUGCCAUAUGCAAAAGGGUUGUUGUGUAAUAUGAAUGCACAGGUCUAUGAAAAUAUUGUACUGUUCAUCAUUCCAAAUAGGAAAAUGGUUUAUUAAGUAAAGAACGACUCAUAUAAAUGUCAGUAAUGCUAAACUGCGGCAGUUAUUUAUCUUGGUUAACGAAACAUCAAAAACGUUGGCCUUAUAUUUAAAUAUAACACGCCAGUCUAUUAUUGGAAACCGGUGUUUUCCAUUUAGAUUUCUGAGUCAGCCGUAUCGUCGGCAAAUGCGCUAUACCUCUUUGGGUCAUUUUAUUAAUUUCACCUUAUUAAAUGAUAGAAAAUAGUGCAAAUGACUUAAUAGGAGAAAUAUUUCAAGCCCCAUAACAUCUGUAAAAUCCAGGAGCUUCCGGGGACUUGCCCACUGCUUCAUAAAGUGGCGCCCCCGAAACCACAAUUCCUGGAUCCGCAUCUGUCUCUGUAUCCAACACACUAGCAAACCAUUUUUGAGUCGCAGUUUUAAAUAUUUAAAUCCAAGGCUUUCUUAAAUGACAAUACUGACAAUUUUACGAGGUAGCAUUGGUGUUCCCUCUGCAUUGUGACUAGGGAAGAUGAACUUUUCAUCCAAAGAAUGCAAAUUUACAUUCAACAGUUGUCAUUUUUAUACGUAUAUGAUGGUCAAGGACAUAACUAUUCUGGUAAAAAUGAUUGCAGAGUAAGAAAAGGGGAAGGCCAGUCUGCCCCAGAAGGCAUGUAUUUUUUCCGGGAUUGGGGGUGGGAUGGAAGUUUUCUUAUAAUGCUAUUUUAAUGUAUUGGUGUUAUGGAAUUAUGCCCCUCAUAAUACAUGUACAUCAUGCACCACAAGUCAUUAUGAAAAUUUAAUAUGAUUAUUUUUUCAACGGAUUUUUAAUUGCAAUAUACCUCAUUUUUUAACUUUUUUAUUCAUUUGAUAUUAAGUAGCAUUGUAUUAUACACAUGUAUUUAAGAAAUGUGUUUCAUUUUUUUGAAAAUACAUUUAUACUAAAUGAGCUGCAAUAUUUAAUGCAAGCAUACUUCAUGAACUUUUAUAUUUACAUACUACUUUCAUGUCUAAAUUCCUAGCUUUUGAAAUAUACAUACAUUACUAUAUUUCAGAAGAUUCAUAUGUGUAUUGUUCACAUACAUUUUACUAUAUUGUUCACAACUGCUUCGCAUUCAUGAGGAAAUGGCUAUCAUUACAAUUGAUAUAGAUAUUGGAAAUGUAAAUAAUAUGUAUGAUACCUUGGAAAGUGUUAAUAUUUAAAAUACAUGUAUGUGAUAUCUAUGAAAACAUAAAUAUUAAUAUGUACGAUAUCUAGGAAAAUGGGCUUUAAUGGAUUUAGCCUGUAUUUGAUUGAUCAUUUUUCUCGCACUUAAUGCAGGCAACUGAAUAUUUAUAGAUUCACAAAUCACAAUCAACCAUUAGACAGAGUGCUAUAUAUGGAUUGUACCAUAAUUUGAUCGGGUUUAUUGUUUUUGAUCUACAUGUUUUGAAUGGAUUAUCAAUAUAUGUAUUAAAUAUUAAUGACAUUUUAA